AGUUUUUCUCUGCGAUGUCUAUAUUAGGUGACACAGAUCUGGGGAUUCCUGUGUCACAAAUGCAGGUUUAGCCAAUAGAGAGAGGGAGCUGUGCCUGGGGAACUGACUGGCCCCUCCUCACUUGCCUUAUGGAGACUGAUCUAUAACCAUCCCCUGCACUUUCUAGGAGAAGGCUAAACAGUGGAAUGAGAUGAGUCUCCUUUGAAAAGCACUGGAAUCCAAUCUCUCUCUAUCCAAGUCUGGGGAGGAUACAUGACUUUGUUUGGGGGGUUUACUUGGUACCACCAUGUUUGCCAGCCCUGUGACUUCCACUCCAUUCUCUGUAAAGGACAUUUUGAAUUUGGAGCAACACCAGAAUGGAUCGUCUUCAAUGAACAUCACUUCCAGGCUGGAGAACUCGUCCUGCAUGCUGUCCACCUUUAAACAGGAGCCCUACCCUGGAACCCCAUGCCUUUCUGAACUCACUGAGGAACUUUUUCAGAGAGACGCCUCUAAGGGCCCCUCGCCUUUCCCUGGAUCAUUCUUUGUUACGAAUUAUUUGGAAAUGGACUCCUCUAAAGCGCCCAAAGAUGACAAGAAAGAUAUCUGCCCCCUGCAGAAAACUUUGGAACAUGACAAAAGAGAGUCUGAAGACCCAGAAAGACCAAGACAAAGGAAGAGAAGGAAGCCUCGCGUGCUGUUCUCCCAAGCCCAGGUGUAUGAGCUGGAGAGAAGGUUCAAGCAGCAGAAAUAUCUGUCAGCCCCAGAGAGGGACCAUUUAGCCAAUGUCCUGAAGCUCACCUCCACACAGGUGAAAAUUUGGUUCCAAAACAGAAGGUACAAAUGCAAACGGCAGCGGCAAGAUCAGACUCUAGAGAUGGUGGGGCUACCACCUCCAAGACGGAUAGCUGUACCAGUCCUGGUAAGAGAUGGGAAGCCUUGCUUGGGAGAGUCUUCUCCUUACAAUUCCCCAUAUAAUGUCAGCAUCAACCCCUACAGCUACAACACUUACCCUGCCUACUCCAACUACAAUAACCCAGCCUGUAGCGGAAGCUAUAAUUGCAGUUACUCUUCCAUGCCUAGCAUGCAGCCCACGUCCGCUGGUAAUAACUUUAUGAAUUUCAGCGUGGGGGACUUGAACACAGUGCAGACUCCAAUCCAACAGGCCAGCGGUGUAUCUGCACUUCAUCAUGGCAUCCGAGCUUGGUAGACUCAAAGCCUAGAACUUUUAUCAGAGCACUCAACAAAAAGGUGGCAUUGACUGCAUGGACUGGAAAUGGGUUGCAGGGAUUUGUGGGGAGCAAAGUUAUUCUGCACUCACUCAGUGCUAGGAGUGUGGCCUAUUAGAGCUACAGUUGGGUGGGUGUGGUUAAAGGGGAACUCCACAAAAACAUAACUUAAGCUUUCUGAAAAGUAAACAUAAUUUCAAGCAACUUUGCAAUAGACAUCAUUUAAAAAAUAUGCAGACUUUUCAAGAUUUUUAAUGA